AUGCCAUCUCAAUACAUCUAUGCACAAAACUCCAAUAUGCCUCCCAAUUUUAACUAUUCUAUGCACCCAAAUAACAUGUUUCCAUCUCGCCUACCUCAAAAUCCUAUGCCUCCUAACCCUAUGCCUCAUAACCCUAUGCCUCAUAACCCUAUGUCUCAAAACCUUAUGAAUCUACCUUUAAGCCCAUCACAUACAACGACACGAAAACAUCGACUCCUUUAUUCCAAUACACCACCACCCACUGUAAUGUGUGAAUCAAACCCUAAGCGAAAAAAAACAAGAACAUGUGCACUUUGCCAUAGCAAUAUCUGCCCCGGAAGCUCUAAAAGAAAAUAUUGUACAUAUAAGCCUCAAUAA